CUACUGUGUUCGGCGCUGGAGGUGGCGCCGCGCGGAGUGAGGUGCUGUAGUGGUCCGAAAUGGGCCUGUUUUUAGAAGAUGCAGUGCACUAGGUGUGGUGUUUGGAACAGAAUUAGUCAUGGCAUCAGAACUGUGUAAAACAAUCUCUGAGGCAAAGCUGGAAAAGCACAAGAAUUUGUUCCUAAAUUACAGAAAUCUCCAUCAUUUUCCUUUGGAGUUACUGAAAGAUGAGGGGCUGCAGUACUUGGAGAGACUUUAUAUGAAAAGAAAUUCUCUGACCACAUUGCCAGAAAACCUUGCACAGAAGCUUCCAAACCUCGUGGAAUUGUACCUUCAUUCAAAUAACAUAGUUGUUGUACCUGAAGCCAUUGGCUCCCUCGUUAAACUGCAGUUUCUGGACCUAAGUGAUAAUGCCCUUGAAAUUGUGUGUCCAGAGAUCGGUCGCCUGAGAUCUUUACGUCAUCUUCGUUUGGCUAACAACCAGCUGAAAUAUUUACCUGCAGAGUACCAUCAGUGUAUACACGUGUCAUUACUGCUAUCAUUUCUAAUCCUGUCUGUUCAGAUGGUGUCAGUGUCAUCAUGGCUGGAUGUCACACAGCAGGAGUGUUACCAGUCCAAGCAAGAUUUAUCUUUCACUUACACUGGAGAAUGUGCCCAGCUAAUCUACUGCAUUGAGUGUUUCUAAAUGUAACGUUUCCUGAAGAGUGCUUUCAAGCACAUUUUCUUAGGUUUACAUUGUCAAACAGUGAAGAUUUUAAAGAUCACUUCUACUUAAAUUGGAAUAUACCAUUAAUAUUGAACAAUUGACAAACUAGAGCAAAGUAGUAGGUUUAGAUAAGUUGUUUUAUUCUCACAUUGGUAGUAUGAAUUUUCAUACAGGAGUGCUAAAUAGCAUUCUCUCAGGAAAACAAGCAAAGUUAAUAAAAUAAAGCUAGGGUGAGGUAUGAUUUCACUGCAGUAUGUUGUACUGGGUUGUUGUUAGUUGCUUUCUUUAGAGCAGAUAAUGCAUUGCAACAUGUUGCUAGCGAAAGACAAACCUUAAUUUCUCUUACUUUGUAGAAUAAGUUAUCGUUUAAGAUAGAGCUUAGCUUCUACAAAUACAGCUUGUGCUGAACGUAGAAAGCUGCUUUAAAGAAAUAAUUUUCAGGUAAAGGUGGUGGUCAUUUGCAGAAGCAACUUCUCUAAACUGGUGAUGAUCAUUUUACCUCAGACUUUGUCCUACAGAGAUACCACACAAAUGGCAGUGAACUGUUUAUCAUAGCAGGGACCCAGUUAAGAAAGGUUGAUUACUAUUCACCUUGUGUAACCAACCUGCGGCAUAAUGAUGUCAUCCCAUAAAAAGCUUACUUCAGAGUUGUUGACCUGUCGUUCCUCUUUCCCUUCCCAAUGUUUUGUGCCCUAAGCACUCUCAGUCUUUGUUGAAACUACAUGGGUAUUUGUAGCAAUUUAUUGAGGGUACUAAUAAAUCUUUUUAUUAUGACCAUGCAAACAUUUGGACGGCAAAUAUUUUCUCAUAUUCAUAUAGUUAAUGAUACUUUUCUAUUGGACUUUAUAUUUUUAAGAAUGACUCUGUUUUAUCUUCUUUAGUUCUGAUUAAGAAUUGAAAGAAAAAAUGAAUGGCAUGCGGUGUUUAAUUAUCUGUUUUCAAUGAGAUUGUUCCACAGUUUUGCUAUUAACGCUCGUUAGUAUUCUAGUGUUGCCUUACAGAAACUCAGCAUAGCUUUUAUCUUUAAACAUUUGAAUGGGUAUGUUAAAUGAAGCCUUAUAAAGAUGUUUGUUUUCAGUAUGAUUGUAGAUCUUUUUCAGACUCUAAUAAAGAUUGAGCACGUGCUACUGUUUACCUUCAGUGUGAUGGGCAGUAAGGUUUUAGUGUUUACAUAUUUGUUCACAUGAAGUUUGUGAGAACUGAGUAACUGGAAGACCUCUCUUCUGUUUCAGGUUUAGUCAUGUCUGCCUAAGUAGGUUUGAGAAUUUGUCUUGAGAAGAUGUGAGCACGAAUGACGAAAAAAUGUGCUGGCUGUAUGAAAGAUGUAGUUUCCUAAAAACAAAUAAGAAAUAAAAAAAAAUCAGACCACGUUGGACUGAUGAGGGUAAAAAGGGCAGUAGUUGAAGCAUGGAUAUUAUGUUUCUUGGAGAUUAGAAAAUGCUUUGUGGGCUGUAGCGUUCUUGUAGUGUAAAUAAUAAUCCUACCUUUGUGCUUAGCAAACACUGUGAAGUCAGCGUCACCUGUUGAUAACUUCAUGCACUUUGGCCUCUGAGCACAUUGUUUUGGUGGUUGGAUGCAAUUAAACAAUGUGACAUCCCUCAUGCAUCUUGACAGCUUUGAAAGGUGACUAAGCUAAAUUUGGUGAGAAGCAAAUGGAAAUGUCCAGAAUAAGCACAUUGAAAUGGAACAUGAAAUAGCUAGAAGAAAAUGCUUUGUGAAAUUCUGUUGAAGUCAUGCUUUGUAUCUUCUUUGGUAAGGUUAACAAAUGGACCUGCUUUUGUCUAACGUGGAGUCAGAGUAUCUGAAUUGUGGUAUUUAAAAAAAAUAUUAACUGAAAGACUGUCUUUGAGACGAGCUGCUUAAAAGAGCUGCAACUAAGUGUAAAGAAAUGAAUGUGGUGAGGAUUUUAAUAUUUAUAAGAGUUCUCCUGAGUGCCUUUUUCAAUGAAGUGUACAGCAGUCAUUUUGUUUUGCAAAUGGCAGACCUUAUAGUCUUUUGUCCCUAACAACGUAUUGGUUCCUUUAGUUGACACUGGAAAAUGUAGUUCUUAAACGUCGCACUUUCUACUAUUUAACUGCACCACUUAAAUCCUUCAAAUUCUUGAGGACCAUUUAGAAAUACUACUGGGAAUAUUGUUUUGAAAAAUCUUAGUUGUAGCAUAAGUGAAAGAUGGAUCGUGUUAUUACAGUAACUCUAUUUUAAGAAAUUUCUCCUUACUCAGGGAGUUCAUGCAUCGUUUUAAUUUAGGAUUUUAGUUAGGUCUAUUUGAAUGUGUUGUCUGAAGUAAAUUUUCUGACUCUUCUUACUUAAAAGUGACUGCUUAGAAACUUCCUGAAAGUUCCUUUUCUCUGACACUCAUAAUGUAUAUGGUGCGUCAACUCUUCAUAGUUGAGAAAUUAGAUUUUUCUUUAUACGAAUUACUAUAUCUACUGUACUU